AUGUUCCCCACCGCCUCUCCCACUCAACUCUCAUCCGCCACCGCCUUCUGCCGCACCUACACCACCACCGUCAACACCAACACUGCCCUGACUCAAUUCCCCCCCCGUGCCACCUCCGCCUGCGGCUCCUCCCCUUCCAAGUACUCCUCCAUCUGCUCCUGCGGCGUCCCACCAUCCCCGUCCCCUACCUGCUCCACCGACACCUCGGCCAACCUUCUCCGCAACGGCGACUUCGAAUGUGGCCUUUCCCCUUGGACCACCUACACCAUCGACGGCACAACCACCUCCACCCUCUCCUCCCCAGGCUACAAUUCCGCGACUGCCUUCCAAUUCACCAUCGGCUCAACCACAUCCAUCUCCGACGCUACCGCGCGCCUCAUACAGACCGUCUAUAACCUCGAACCUGGCGCCACCUACACACUUACCUUUGCGACAAAUAUCGCGGGCCCGGACGCUGGAUUCUGGGGCGUGAUGAUCAAUGGGGAGCCGAAGCGGACCGUGGACGCGAGGGAUAAUCUGGGGGUUGGCGUGUGGAACGUCAACUCGUUUGAUUUUGUGGAUGAUGCAGGGGACGCGACUGAGGUCAAGUUUGAGGUUAUCACCAGAGAGCCCGGGAGUGUGUUUAAGCUUGACCAGAUUUCGCUAGUGAAGAAAUCGGUUUAA